GUUGAACUUUUAUCUUACGGAAGCGGUCUGGGAUAGAAAAAACUGCAACACGUUUCAAUAACAACGGUAUUAAAAAAUGGAAAACAUGCUCAUUUAGCCACUCUUAAAACAAAUGGCAACUUUCAAUACGUGUAUUUUAAUAGUACUAUUUGUUGACAUUUUUCUUUCUGAAUUGAUUUUAGGUGAGGGCGAGAAGUGUGAGGAUGAAUUCCAGUGCCGAGAUGGUACCUGCAUUCCAAGCAUCUGGAGAUGCGAUUCUCAAGAGGAUUGCUUCUUCGGGGACGAUGAAUGGAAUUGUGAAUAUGACGAACAAAUCCAUUUCGUGUGCAACAACGGGCAGAGCAUUCUGAAGGCAUAUGUCUGCGACGGACGACCCCACUGCUACGACUUAACGGAUGAAGAAAAUUGCACUAGCAGCAACUGCGUUGGAUUCUACUGUCCUGAAGGAUCGUGCUUUCCUUUAACUUACGAGUGUGAUGAGGAGAUGGAUUGUGAGGAUGGUCGUGAUGAACACAAUUGCACAAUGUUAUGUGAUGGAUUUAAAUGCUCUGAUAACAUCAACUGUAUAGCGAAUGACAACAUUUGCGAUGGAAAUGACGAUUGUCCUGAUGGCUCUGACGAGAUGGAUUGUGAUGGAUUAAGAGAGUAUCAAGCCAACUCUGAGAAUGUGAAGAAUGAAAAGAAACGGCGCAUGAAAGAGGAAAUUUACAGAAAAAUCCAUUCCAGAUCAUCUCCAAACUUGUUUGUUUCUUAUGGAUGAUAAUAAAAAUAAUUUUAGAAAAAAUGA